AUGGUUCUUAAAAGUCUGAUCGGUGCCCCUUUCAUAAUUGGAAGGAACAUAAUGCAUAUCUUACUCUGUCAAGACCUGGUCAAACAGUACACUAGGAAAAGCUAUUCUCCUAGUUGCCUCAUGAAAAUUGCUCUAUGUAAGGCCAAAGAAACAAUGGAUUGCCAGUUUAUUAAGGAGAUGCUGAUAGCUCUAAACUUUCCAACUCACUUUAUUCACAUUGUCAUGACAUGCAUCACCUCCACCAGGUACACCCUCAUGCUAAAUGGAAAUCCUACUCCUACAUUCCAGGCGAAGAGGAAGUUGCGUCAAGGAGUUCCGCUUUCCUUCCUGUUAUAUGUUAUUGGUAUGAAAUAUCUCUCGCGAAUCAUCAGAAGUGCCGAAGAUCAGUAUGGGUUUCAUCCUAGAUGCAAAAAAAAACGAAGCUUUCACACCUUUGCUUCACAGAUGACCUAA